UUUCCACUGAUUGAAAAUGGUCACACUAGCCAUUUUACACCAAACCAGAAAGUAACGGCGCUUUUCCAAUCUCCAGUUAAGAGGCCGCGUGUAGUUUUUGUCCCGUGUUAAUUGUAAAUAUUAGUUCCGCUUUUUUUCGUUCCGUGUGCAAAGACAUGAGUCUGCAGGACGAGAGUUUUCCGGCGGACGAGCUGUUUGACCAGCUGAACAAUUUAAGUAGCGGUGGCGCCAGGAACACCUGGUUCGCGGAGCACCAUCAGCCGGCCGGCUUUGAGCGGGAUCCGUUGCCAUUUUUGGAGAUCUGCUACGCGGAUGCGGAUUUUGAUGUGGAUGGGGAUGCGGAUGUGGCCAACAAAAGCGCCAAAACAAGCGCAAGCGAACCCGUGGGUCGUGAUCAGGAAGAUGAGGACGAUGAUGGGGAUGUCGAUGGUGAUGGCCGUAAACUAGGUGAGGAGGAGGCAUCAUUGGCCAACGGGCGCUCCAGCAAGGCGGUCUCCUACCAGGACAUCCACUCGGCCUACACGAAGCGCCGCUUCCAGCACGUGACCAGCAAGGUGGGCCAGUACAUAGCGGAGAUCCAGGCGCAGGACGAAAAGAGACGCAAUGCAGCGUUCGCCGGCAUCCAGCGGGUCAUAUCCAUGCCAGGGGGUCUAACGCCCAAUUCGCAGCAGGCGUAUGUCCAUGAUGAUGAAUUCAAGGCCGAGAACUGUCAAACCCCCACCAACUCGAACUGCAAUUCCAAUUCGAAUAACUCCAGCUGCAGCUAUGAGCGAUUGCUGGCCGAGAACGAGAGCCUGCAGCAGGAGAACGAGGGACUGAAGACAGAGACGAAACGCCUGCAGGCGCUAAACGUGUAUGUUCAGGAUCGACUGGUCAGAAAGAUGGAGGAUUGUCUGAGGAUUAAGCGCAAUUUCGAGACCCUGCGCACCGAGCUAAGCGAUUGCCAGCAGAAGCUGAGACGCCAGCAGAGCACCUCACAGCAAUCGUUGAGCCGCACUCAACCGGCUACCACUGCCAAGGCCACCCAAACGGAUUCCCUACUAGCCGCCAACUCCGCGACCGGCAAUGUCCUGGUCACACCCCAUCCCUUGGGCGACCUAACCUACAACAGCAGCAAAGGAUCCAUUGAGAUGGCUCUGCUUAGUGUGGCGCCUGCAACCCGGGUGGUCCAGAAUCCGGGUGCGAUGCACCCACAAUCCUUAGACUUUAGCAGCGUUAGCACCGAAGCUGAUGGCAGCGGUAGUGGCGAACCUCGUGUGGACUCCUCAUCCAGGCCCUUGGUCAGAAGAACCCCAGCGCCCAACAACUCGGAAACCAGCCAGCCGAGCAGCAACGACUCGGCCAUCGAGGUGGAGGGACACGAGGAGGAGCGACCCAUCUCCAGGCGACAGUGGGCUCUCCAGGAGGAGCGCACCACCUCCAGGCAAUGGGGUCAGCACGAGGGCAUGUAUUACUUCGACAAGCGCAACAACCGAGUCGUUGAGGUGAUGAGCUUCAACAUCAGCCAGGGUCGGAAUCAGAGCCAAGACACAAUUCAAAAUCAGAGUACCAACGAUAGCCAGGCGCAUCUACUGGUCCAUUCGAUGUCGCAGUCGCAGGUAGAGACGCAUGUUCACUUUGGGAGUAAGAGGACGACACUGAGCAGCCGGAUGCUCCGCUUCCUGGGGCCCUGCGUUCGCUGCCGGAAUAGUUCCAAUGGGGACCCAGGGCACGACAGCAAUGCCACGUACAAGGUGGUUUUACGCCCGAAGCCGGAGGAGUUCGUAGACCCAAGGAACCAGCGUUAGCCCCUCCUCCAUCUCCUUUUAUUUAUUUUUUGUAUGUAUAAUCAUAUCUUGUUAUUUUAUGUCGCGCUAAGUUAUCCAUGUAGUCAACAUUUUUAAUGCCACAAUAUUCUGUUAACGCCAAUAUGUGAACGUAUAUAAAUUACAAAAUUCGUAAGUAACUUUACUCAGAAAUAAGAGAAUUUGUUGUUGUAUUUAUUUAUUUCUAUCCAAGUAAGUGUAAUUGUUUCCGUAAUAAAUAUGCUCACUUGCAUUUGUAUCCGAAUAGUUCGGGGUUUAA